AUGGAUAAGGCGCUGGUCUACGAAACCAGAGAUUUUGGGUUCGAUCCCCAGCAGAGUCAUAUUUCUGGAAAAAAUUAUCUUUCAUGGGUACUCGAUGCUGAGAUUCACUUGGCUGCUAAAGGUCUUGAUGCCACUAUUACUCAGGGAAAUGAAGCAUCUAGUCAAGAUAAGGCGAAGGCUAUGAUUUUCCUUCGUUUUCAUCCUGAUGAGGGCCUGAAGAUUGAAUAUCUGACGGUAAAAGAUCCACUUGAAUUGUGGACUGAUUUAAAGGGGAGAUAUGACCAUCUAAAGACAAUAGUGUUGCCAAGAGCUCGUUAUGAGUGGAUGCAUUUACGGUUUCAAGAUUUUAAGACCGUAACUGAAUACAACUCUGCUGUAUUCAGGAUAACCUCCCAGUUGAAAUUAUGUGGGGAGACUAUAAAAGAUGAGGACAUGUUGGAAAAGACACUUACUACUUUUCAUGCCUCAAAUGUGAUAUUGCAGCAACAAUAUCGUGAAAAGGUUGCUCCAUUACCGGAGGCAAAUAUGGUGGAAGCACAUGAUCAAUCUGAAGUAAAAAGAGAUGAUCAUCGGGGCUAUAAUAAUGCACGGGGACGUGGCAAAGAUAAAAGACGAUACACUAAUCGUCAAGGUGGUGGUCAUAAUAAAAGGGAGAACAACAUGAGUUCUCAAAAUAACCCCUCAAAAAGUAAUUGUCGUCGUUGUGGCAUGAAAGACCAUUGGAAGAAUGAAUGUCGCACACAUGACCAUUUUGUAAGGCUCUAUCAAAAUUCCUUUAAAAAGAAAGGAAAUAAAAGUGGUGUUUCCUCUUCCAAUGCUCGAGCUGAGUCACAUAUGACUCUUAAAGAUGAUAAUAAGACGGGAACAUCUCAGAAAUAUGAUAAGGAUGUUGAAGCAAAUUUGGCUUUAAAGGAUGAUGUUUUUGAUGGACUCAUAUGGAAGUUGAUGACUUCCUUGGAGAUCGAAACUAAUGUUUGA